CCUCGUCUUUCUGCUGUGCCAUCACCGCUUGCUGUUUCGACUCUCCCACCCUUGCGAGAUCACACGAUCUCUUCAAACGCGCACAAUUGUGCGCGAGUCCACCUACACCGUCGAGCGGACUCGAGUUGAGAAUCCUGUCGACGUCAUCCAUUAUUCCAACGCGCCAUGUCGAAAGAGGCUGAAUCGCCCAGCCCGACUGCCGACGAGCCUCGUCGGGCGAGCAUCUCGCAGACGGAGAAGGGCCGCUGGGAACGACUAUGGCCAGUUAUUGCUUGCGGUGCCGGACUCUUCAGCGACGGCUAUCUCAACAACAUUAUCGGGCCUGUGAAUACUAUGCUUUCCAAAAUAUACCCGGAUGAAUAUGCGUCGUCGUCGGCUCAAGCGAACGUGUCCAGUAUCACGUUCGCGGGCACCGUUCUCGGAAUGUUGUUCUUCGGAUACACGUCGGAUCAUUUCUCGAGAAAAUGGUCCUUGUUCGCCUCGACCAUUAUCAUCAUCCUGUUCGCGACGUUAGGUACCGGCAGUUAUGGUGCAGGUGGAAGUCCCAAAGGACUGCUUGCAGCUCUAGUCGCAUACCGAUUCUUCCUCGGGAUUGGGAUCGGAGGAGAAUACCCAGCAGGAAGUGUUGGAUGUGCCGAAGGGACUGGAGAGCUGAAGUCUGGCUCCAGAAACAAGUGGUUUAUUCUCUUCACCAAUGUCCAGAUCGACUUGGCCUUCUUCAUCGCCGCAGUUGUUGCGACGGUAGUGGUUCUCAUCACAGGCGAGAACCAUCUCCGCGUUGCAUGGCGUGUCUGCCUCGGAAUUGGAAUCAUUCCACCGCUGUCGCUCUUGUAUCUUCGUCUCAAGCUGCAAGAGCCAGAAGCUUUCAAGCGCGAAUCUUUGGCUAAAGCGAAAACCCCUUGGGUACUGGUCAUAAAGUUCUACUGGCAGCGCUUGAUCAUUGUCAGCAUCAUCUGGUUCAUCUACGACUUCUCCGCAUACUCAUUCGGUAUCUACGCAACGACCAUCGUGAACAACUUGCUCGGAGACGAGCAGCCGUUGUGGAAGAGCUUGGCAUGGAACAUUUUGAUCAACUUCUUCUACAUCCCCGGUUGUCUUGCAGGAGCCUUUGUCGCGGAUUUGAAAUCGAUGGGUCCCAAGAAAACGCUGUUCAUUGGCGUUAUGCUGCAGGGUAUCAUUGGCUUCAUCAUGGCGGGCUGCUACCCAUGGCUUUCCGAGCCCAAGAACAUUGGUGGCUUUGUUGUUGUCUAUGGUGUCUUCUUAAUGUUGGGCGAGUUCGGACCUGGUGAUAACAUUGGCCUGAUUGCAUCCAAAACGUGCGCGACCGGAAUCAGAGGACAAUACUACGGUAUCGCAGCCGCCAUGGGUAAGAUUGGAGCUUUCGCUGGCUCCUACGCGCUAGACGCGAUACAGAAGAACGCUGGCGACGACAAGAUUGCGGCAGGACGUAAUCCCUUCUUCGUUGCAAGCGCGCUUGCCUUUUUGGCGGGUGGGCUGGUGUUGCUUCUUCCGCAUAUUGGUCAGGAUACCAUCGAUAUGGAAGACAUCAACUUCCGAGAGUACUUAUCCAGCCAUGGAUACGACACGAGUAAGAUGGGUUUGGCGACCGCAAGCGAUAUUAGCAGCGAAGACCACGUCGCUGUAGAGACGAAGACGGUGCCGGCUUCGGUAUCAUAGUCUUACGAGUUGCGACCUUUCAUCCCAUGCCCGGAACUCCAGAUCUGGGUAGUCCCUGGUCUUAUAUGGAUGUGAACCUUCUGAUAAUGCUCGAUACGGUUGAGUCCAGAUUCCAACGCAGCCAAAUACCUAUAACGUUCCUGUUAUGAUUUUCUUGUGCUUAAAUUGGUGUGAACUCCUUUGAGCUCCUCUGACUCGUCGAAUUCUCCUCCCGUGUUGGAUCCAUCCUCG